UUGCCUAGUCUUUACCUGAAGGUUAGAGACGCUUGUGAAGUGAUCAACAUAAUAUCAACCCUACCCUCAAUCUCUUCUUCCUAUUAUAUAUUAGUUGCCUCUUGGAUCGAUCGAUCUUAUCAUGAACCAACCCUCCCUUGUUGAUUUUUAGUCUAGUGAUCACUCUUUAACUUUGUUGCUCGGCUCAGCUAUAUAAUUUGCACAGACGUAGAAAUAAUAAUGAGGCCAAGGAGUAAAGCCAUGUUUUAUUUGGUUUACGAUAGGGGUUGACAUCCAUCUCCCUCCAUAAUUUUUUUAUUUUAUUUUAUUUUCAUUUUCCUUCCUAAUCUAAGCUAUAUUAGUGUAUAUAGUUUGUUUGAAUUAAUUGUUUCCAGAGUGAAAUUAAUUAAAUGGAUGAUGUUGAUGAGAGUACUAAGAAGGGAAAAGGGAAUAAGAAAGGUGGUGGUGGGCUGAUCACGAAAACAUGGGAGCGAUGCAAGUCCAUAGGACGAGGCCGAAAGGUAACUUCUUCUUCAACUAAUACUAAUACUAAUACUAUGAGAAGCAAAUCAUGGCCAAGGCGUGACCGAGAAAACAAAAACAAAAACAGUACUACUAUUGUGGCCCCCGAAGGUUGCUUCUCGGUGUAUGUUGGACCCCAAAUGCAAAGGUUUGUAAUCAAAACCGAGUACGCAAGCCACCCCUUGUUCAAGAUGUUGCUCGAAGAAGCUGAAUCUGAGUAUGGUUACAACAGCCAAGGCCCUUUGGCCCUUCCCUGCCACGUUGAUGUCUUCUACAUGGUCUUGAUGGAAAUGGGUUCUGAUGAAACUCAAACCACUCCUCAGGGCUGUGCCUGCGUUAAGCGAUCUCCCUCUGCUUAUCAACCUAUGAAGUACCGACACUCUCCCUCUGCUUAUCAACCUAUGAAGUAUCGACACUAACACGGAUACAGACACGAAUACGUAGACACCUCACCUCUUGAAAAAGUUAAUGAGAUGUUGAUUUAUCAGUGUCGGUGUUCAUGCUUCAUAGUUAUCAACUUCUUCCCCCUCCCAUAAACCACUACUAAUAUUCAUGUACUAAUCAUCUAUUGAAAUUUAGUUUUCUCUUUCUUUAAUUUCCUUUCGGGAAUUCAAAUAAAAUUACUGUAUCGUCUAUUGAAUAUGCCUCUUGUUUCUCUAUCACACAAUGACUACAAAUAUUAGUGCCGUGCUGCCUGCUA